AUGGACUCAACUUCAGAUCCGCCCCCUCCAUACUCCUCCAUAACAUCAGCCACUCCCGAAGAAGAAACCCUACCUCCAACCACUCUCAUCCUAUCAGACAAACUCAUCCACGCCGAGACCGUCCCCUCAACACCACUCUACCAGAUAUCCCAAGACAUAGCAUCUCUGCCCCAAAAGUUCACAUCCGUAAAAUUCGAACGAAUAGAAACGGACGCGCCUUCAAAACUAGACAGCAAAUCUCCCGAACCGCAGAAGAAGCACAUGUUCUACCUCGCUCAUCCGGCGCAUGCGCGGUACCGGAAAGAUGUCCCCGCCUAUUAUAUCACCUCCGUCUCCCUUGGGUGUUUGGGUAAUAUCCGCUUUGAGGUGAGCAAGUCGCGGUUUCAGAAGGCGGAGUUUCGGGCGCUUCUGAGCGCGGGGAAGAGUAUGGACGAUAAGCCGCUGUUUUGUGAGGAUGCUGAGAUACCUCUGUUCACGGUUAAGAUGAAGUGGACUGGGGGUGGGUAUCGGUGGACCGAUGCUCGGGGUAGGGAGGUGGCGUUUGAGGGGGGGAAGGGCGAGGGGGUGAAGUUGGUUGUUACGGCAUCUAUGGAGCAGAAUGUGAGGGAUGCCCUGAUUGCAUUGUGGGUUUUGAGGGCGUGGUAUGAUACUUUGGAGAGUAGUCAGGCUAAAGCGGAUGAACUAGCAGCCUGGUUGCCGCCCUCGGCGUAUGCAGGAACGGAUUUCGGCGCCGUGAAAAAGUCGGGAGCAUUAGGGGCUCUCGGCGCUCUUGGUGGAGGUGGUGCUUGA